UGAUGUGACGUCAUCCUCCGACCCGCGCCGCUCUCCGUAGUCACGUGGUCGAACCCGGAAGUGGAGCAAACACGAGGAGCGGCGCAGCACAAUCGGUCUCGAAGGUUCAGCGCUUACCUGUGUUUACCUGUGUGAGAGGCUUUGACGUCAUGGCGGAGCCGGCGUGUGUACCUGGGCAGUUUGAUGACGCGGAGGAGGACAGUGUCAGGUCAGUGGAGCUGACUCGCAUCAGUGAUGCACUGCCUUCAUCAGAGCAGCAGGAUUUCAGUGAGGAGGAGGAUGUGGAUGAUGAGGAUGAGUGGGCCUGGAGCUCAGCAGCAGAUCUGGCCAAAAGAUACAACCAGGCAGCGGGUGGCUUGCAGGUGAGACAGGAAAGUCUCCGUCUGCAGUCCAACAGACAGAAUCCGUCCAAGAAGCUGCCAUCAUCAACACCAUCUGACAAAGCUUUGAGGAAAUAUGAACACAAGAUCAACCUGGACAAACUGAACUACGCAGACUCGGUGAUUAAUAAAGUGACGACGAUGCAGAAACAGAGGGAAGCCGACACGUACAGAGUGAAGGACAAAUCAGAUCGAGCCACAGUAGAACAGGUGUUAGACCCUCGAACUCGAAUGAUUCUCUUUAAGAUGCUGAGUCGAGGAAUUAUCUCCGAGAUCAACGGCUGCAUCAGCACCGGGAAGGAGGCAAACGUUUAUCACGCCAGCACAGCAGCUGGGGACAGCAGAGCCAUCAAGAUCUACAAGACGUCCAUCCUGCUGUUCAAAGACCGCGACAAGUACGUCAGCGGGGAGUUCAGGUUCCGUCAUGGGUACUGUAAAGGAAACCCCCGGAAGAUGGUGAGAACAUGGGCAGAGAAGGAGAUGAGGAACCUCAUCAGGCUACAGACGGCGGGAAUCCCGAGCCCAGAACCUCUCCUCCUCAGAAGCCAUGUUCUGCUGAUGGGGUUCAUUGGAAAAGACAACGUUCCAGCCCCUCUGCUGAAGAACACCUCACUUUCGGAGUCGAAGGCUCGGGAACUCUACCUGCAGGUCAUACAGAACAUGAGGAAGAUGUUUCAGGACGCUCGACUCGUCCACGCCGACCUCAGCGAGUUCAACAUGCUGUAUCACAGCGGAGACGCCUACAUCAUCGAUGUGUCACAGUCGGUGGAACACGAUCAUCCUCACGCCCUGGAGUUCCUGCGGAAGGACUGCAGCAACAUCAAUGAGUUCUUUGUGAAGCAUGGCGUGGCUGUGAUGACGGUCAGGGAGCUCUUUGACUUCAUCACUGACCCGUCCAUCACCAGCCAGAACAUCGACCAAUACCUGGACAAGGCGAUGGUGAUUGCAGCUGAGAGGACGUCGGAGGAGCGAUCGAGUCAGGAUGGCGUGGACGAGGAGGUGUUUAAGAAAGCCUACAUCCCCCGUACUCUGACUGAGGUGAGUCAUUAUGAGCGUGACGUUGACCUGAUGAAGAAGCAGGAGGAAGAGUCGGCCAUCAGUGGACAGAAUGACAAUGUUCUGUACCAGACGCUGACAGGGCUGAAGAAGGACCUCUCUGGAGUUCAGACGGUUCCCGCUCUUCUGGAGGACAACUGCUCCUCCUCACAGGAAGAGGAGGAAGAAGAGGAGGAUGAAGAGGAGGAGGUGGAGGAUGAAGAGGAGCAGCAGCAGAGUGAAGAUGCUCCGAUAGACAGAAAGGAGAGGAAGAAGAUGGUGAAGGAGGCUCAGCGAGAGAAACGUCGAACCAAAGUACCCAAACACGUGAAGAAGAGGAAGGAGAAGGUGGCCAAGAUGAAGAAGGGCAGAUAAUGAGUACUUCCUGCCUCAACCUCCACCUAACAGCCAAUCACCAUGUUGCUCCUCCUCCUCGCCAACACCGCCCACUCACCAUGGCCGACUGGACUGACUGUCUGAACUUCGGCAUCUCCGUUGCUAAACAGGCCAGUAAG